UUUGUGGCACAAAGUUUAACCAGUUCUUCCCACACAGCUAUUCUUACCCACUGCACUCAUUAAUCAGAAAGCCUUUUAAAUAUUAUCUAGUAGCAAGAAUUAAGCAGUUGUCUUUUGCACAUCAUGUCCCUUAGCUUGCUCUUUCAUUUCCUCUUUUUCAACAUUAUCACAUUAUGUUGACUCUUCUUAUUUGCUUUUCCUCUUCACAAAGCUCUUUAAACAGCUGCAAAGGGGGAGGGACCACUAUGCUCACGAAAAUUGCACUUUGCAGAACGCUUGUGUCAGGUCCUACUGUCUGUCUCUUUCCAGGCAUUUCAUACCUCCAAGAUUCAGGUUUGCUUCUACAUCUCUUGCCUGUGCAUCUCUGCCAACAGAGCCUAUUGCCAGCAGUCUAAGCUGAAGAACAGAAUCCACAUCUUCUUACUGCCAUGAGCAAAAUGUACACCCUCGUUCUCUUUGUAGUGGGCUCCUUUUGUCUGAACGGAAGCAUGGCAGCAGAUGUUGAAGAAAAACUAAUGAACCACCUACUGAGUCCUGACAGGUACAAUAAGUUAAUUCGACCAGCUGUCAACUCCUCCCAGUUGGUAUCCAUUGAACUACAGGUUUCCCUGGCACAGCUUAUCAGUGUGAAUGAACGGGAGCAGAUCAUGACUACGAACGUCUGGCUGAACCAGGAGUGGAUUGAUUAUCGGCUGGCUUGGAAGCCCUCUGAAUAUGAAGGAAUAAAUAAGCUGAGAAUACCUGCCAAACACAUCUGGCUGCCAGACAUUGUGCUUUACAAUAAUGCGGAUGGCACGUACGAAGUCUCGCUGUACACAAAUGCCAUUGUAAAGAACAAUGGAAGCAUUCUCUGGUUGCCACCAGCCAUUUACAAGAGUGCCUGCAAGAUUGAGGUGAAGCAUUUCCCAUUUGACCAACAAAACUGCACCCUCAAGUUCCGGUCCUGGACGUACGACCACACAGAAAUUGAUAUGGUGCUUAAGACUUCCAUGGCGAGCAUGGACGACUUCACACCAAGCGGAGAGUGGGACAUUGUAGCACUCCCAGGAAGAAGGACUGUAAAUCCUCUGGACCCCACUUAUGUCGAUGUGACAUAUGACUUCAUUAUUAAAAGGAAGCCACUUUUUUAUACCAUCAAUCUUAUCAUUCCCUGUGUGCUAAUUACAUCCUUAGCCAUCCUAGUAUUCUACUUGCCUUCAGACUGUGGUGAAAAAAUGACUUUAUGCAUAUCUGUGUUGCUUGCCUUGACUGUGUUCCUGCUGCUGAUCUCUAAAAUUGUCCCUCCAACAUCUCUAGAUGUUCCACUGAUUGGCAAGUAUCUCAUGUUUACGAUGGUGCUGGUGACCUUCUCAAUAGUUACCAGUGUCUGUGUGCUCAAUGUCCACCACAGAUCUCCAAGUACUCACACCAUGCCCCCUUGGGUAAAGGUGGUUUUCCUUGAAAGGCUCCCGACCUAUCUGUUCAUGAAGCGCCCAGAAAAUAAUUCUCCACGGCAAAAGCCAUGCAACUGCAAAAAGACAAAAGCAGAGAAUCCUUGUAUGGAGCCAUCUGACUUCUACAAGAACUCUACCUAUUUUUUGAACACAGCUUCUGCCAAAAGAUAUGAUAUGAAAGUCUCUGAGACACCUGACAAUGUCAGCAGUCAUCGAGAUUUUAGGUUAAGAACAGGUGCGAAAUUUUCUCCUGAAGUGCAAGAAGCAAUUGAUGGAGUCAGUUUUAUAGCAGAGCACAUGAAAAGCGAUGACAACGACCAGAGUGUCAUUGAAGAUUGGAAGUAUGUUGCCAUGGUAGUGGACAGGCUGUUUCUCUGGAUAUUUGUCCUUGUUUGUGUCCUGGGGACUGUUGGAUUAUUUCUGCAACCGCUUUUUCAAAACCACACUGCUGCCAUAAACCCUUAGCUAUUAUUUAAAAUGUCAAUACUUACACAGACAUUUGGUCCCAUUCUGCUCUCAGUUCCCCUUUGUUAACUCCACAAAGGUGCCAAGUGAGUUGCACUUACAUCCCUUAGAGUAGGGAAAAGGAACGUAGAACUUGACUUACUGGGAUAGGAAAAAAGCAAAACAAAGAAAAAACUAUUUUUUUCAGUGAGUCCAGUACUUCUGGUGAUAUCUUGCCCUUUUUUCAAUUAUUUGAAGCCUGAACAUUACAGUGAAAGAUUUUUGCUGUACAAGAUGUCAUCCUGGCAUCAUCAUCAUAAUCUUAUUAUUAUUAUUAUGUAUUUUGAAUACAUUGCCUUAGGAAGGAUAUUUUCUUUCCUUAGAAUACUGCAAUUUCCCUAUAACAAAAAAGGUACUGCUGUGAAAUUUACUUCCUUCAAAUGCAUCAAAGUUAUUUGUGUAUGAUUUAUAAAGAGCUUUGCAAGUGGGUUUGAUACUUACAUCUGAACUGAGAAACAGAAACACGUCUGAGGUAGCCACUGAAAGAUUUCUCAGCUUGCCAUCUCUGGUGGAUGGAUCAACAAAGGCCAAAUUAAUGUAUGAUAAACAAACGUGUAUAUAAUACUCUGUUUGAUGAUGAAAUAGAAAUAAAACAUAAAGUUUUCCUUUAUGUAGAUUUAGUCCUCAAAUUUCCUGCAAGUUCAACAGCUCAUGUAUCUGGGGCACAAACACACUUUAAUGAGUCCAAGGCUACAAGCACAGGAAAGCAGUGGGAGAAGACAAUGGUGAAAGGCAGCAAGAAUGAGAGGACACGUGUGUACACACAGACUUGUGUGUUUUUCUGGAGAGAUUUUAAUGUGGAUUUGAGUAUAACCCUCAACAAAUCAGCAAGGGAAGUAUGUAGAGUCUUAAAAGUCUUCGGCAAAGGACAGAUUGAGGCCCUAGAUUCCCAGCACAGGACAAUCCCACCACAGUUUGUUCCAGGUAACCUACAAAAAGAGAAGUGGGCUCCUGGCACUUUUCAAGUUAAACAAAUCUCAGUUUUUCCUUGGGGUGCUGUGAGGAUACACAACAAUUGUAUCACCAUUGGUAAGUACAACUAACGCCUGGUGAACAAACUUGAAAUCCACAAUUAAUUGUGAAGGGGAUUUGAGGCUCACCUGUCCCAGGAGAAUUAGUUGACAUCUAAACCUGUGUUCUUCAACAAGUCACAGCUGAAGACAGUUCCUGACUACUCGCCUUCAUCAAGACCAAGCUACAUUUCCACCUAGAUUCCCAUUCCCAGGCAGCCUCAGAUAAGUACGAAGAUUUAGCUGUGCCAAGCAGCUGCAUUCACACCUUUGCAAUU